CAGCUGUUGUCUAUUACAUUACAUUAUGGCUCAUGUACUUCACCUUAUGUUAUUACUAUUGUUUUACUUUGUUAUUUACUUCUCCCUUUAUAAUUUUACAUAAGCAAAAUAGACAAAGACAAACAAAACCCCCGGAGGACCAGCAAAGCAUCAAUUCAGAUGUUGACACGCAGAAUGCUAAUCUGAUAUCUCCAUCCAGGUACCUGAAGAAAACCAGGUCCGUCCAUGAGUUCCAUAAACCAGACCAUGAUAGAAGGCUUCAGACUUAAAGGGGUUUCAGAUGUUCCGGAACUACAAGUUCUCAUUUCUCUUCUGGUUCUUCUCAUCUAUCUCAUCUCUCUUGUUGGAAAUCUCACUAUUCUUCUACUGGUCGGCCUUGAUGUCCACCUACACACCCCUAUGUACUUUUUCCUGUCCAAUUUGUCUGUAAUAGACAUAUUCAGCUCCACUACAGCGCUCCACAGGAUUUUUGUUAUUGCCACAACACAAAACCAUAUAAUUUCUACAGCAGCCUGUAAGGCUCAGCUACAUAUUUUCGCUAUAUUAACCAGUAAUGAACUCUCAGUUUUGGCGGCCAUGAGUUUUGAUCGGUAUGUAGCCAUCUGUAGACCAUUACAUUAUCACACGGUCAUGAGUCGGAGACUCUGUGGUCUUCUGGCCUCAGUCAGCUGGGGGUUUGGGUUCGUAGAGCUUGUCCCUUUUGUUCUAUUCAUUUCCAGGUUCACUUGUUACAUUUCUAAGGAAAUCGAUCAUUAUUUUUGUGACCUUUUGCCCAUCCGGGAUAUUACUUGCAGUGACACCACAUUUUUGGACCUUUACAUUCUAAUUUUUGGCAACGUUCAUGUAUUUAUAUUACUAAUCCUUACUAUAGUUCCCUAUUUCUAUAUAAUUUCCUGUAUUUUAAGGAUAAGCUCGUCUGCUGGCAGACGUAAAGCCUUCUACACGUGUUCCUCACACAUCACGGUGGUUGUGUUCUUCUACUCUUCCAUCGUCUUACAGUAUAUAGUAACCAUAUCCGGGAACAACAUGGGUUCCAACAAAAUCUUCUCUCUGUUUAACACGGCUAUUGUCCCCAUGAUGAACCCCCUGAUCUAUAGCCUGAAAAAUAAAGAUGUAAAAGCAGCCCUACGACGACAACUGAAAUUGUGCGGAAUAAAAAAUUAACAUUACAGAGUCUUUUUGGACGUAGGGAAUAUUGUCAAAGUCAAGGCAAAGGAUGGAUCACAGUCAACCUAUCAAAUAUUUAAGUCCAGUAGAAGACAAAAUUAAAAAAAAGCAAGCCGGUUAACCACCCAUGUGAACACAGUUCAAUGUAGAAAGCAUGGCCUUUGAAUGAAGCAUGGAGAGGCAACGGGCCGGAUACUGUGUAUCAUAUGAAGAAACAGAGAGGUGUAUCCAGCUCCAGGAAGAGAAAAAUAUUUACUGUGGUUUUCGCCGUAUAAG